AUGGCGGCGGCGAUGCUGCUAGGUCGGGAUGAGGCGGAGGCGCCUGUAGAGAUAGAGAGGGAGCACGGGGAGAAGCGGAGUGAGUGCGGAGUGCUCAUGCGACACUCUGGGCACCAUUUUAGAGGGAGAGAGAGACCGCAGGAGGAGAGGAAAGGUCGGUCAAGGAGCUCGGCCCAUGCCGACAAUGGCGGAUCUCCCGACUCGGCGCCGCAGACGAGCGCGCUCGGGGUGAGGGGCUGCGCGCCAGAGAAAGGGUCCGCGGGUGCUCGGGUCGUGCAGGGACGCGGGAGAAGGGUGCGCCAGCUGCAGCAGGCAACUACUACUAGUAACAUUAAUAUUCCUUCUGCAUCAGCUGUUGUUGCUGGUGAAGGCAAUCUUCUCCAGUAUAGACAAGCCAUGGCCGCAGAAGCGCUUUCCGAAGGAGGUGGAAGCCGCGAUGGUAGCGCCCCAGCAGCGCAAGCCAACGUCCAACCGAGGUCCAUGUCUGAGCGCUCCAAGCUGCUGAGGAUCCCAAAGCCAGAGCCAGGGCUCAGGUGCCCGCGCUGUGACUCCACCAGCACCAAGUUUUGCUACUUCAACAACUACUCCUUCGCGCAACCGCGCCACUUCUGCCGUAACUGCCAUCGCUACUGGACGCGCGGCGGCGCCCUCCGCGACGUCCCCGUCGGCGCUCCGUACAGACGCCGCCGAGCCAAGGGCAGCAAGCCCACUGCUGCAGCCACUGCAGCAUCGGCAUCAUCUGCAGCACUGGUGAUGACUUCGUCGUGCACCACAAAUGUCGUCCGGCUCGCGCCCACUCCACAACAAGCUACGGCGAGCAGCAGCGCGUCGCCGCUCCUGCCACAGUUGUACGGGCUCGCCAGCAUGGACACCCCGAAUGUUGGCUCGAAAUUUUCAUGGCCCGGGGCUGCUAAUCUGUUGGUGGUCUCGGCCGGUGGAGGGCUGUAUCGGAGUCGAAGAUGGAGCAGCUGUGGGGAACGCUAUCGCAGUCUUCGCAGAUGCACAGGCUCCCAGUAUUCUCGCACGCUAUUGAUCAGCAGCAGGGGCCGCCAGUUGCUGUGCCGGUGA